AUGUUCCACUGCAUCGUGCAGCCGCGCCACGACUGGGGACCGCCCGACCUCGCCAAUGCAUUCCCCGACAUCCGCGUGCAGCUCUCGGAGCAGACGCGCGUGCUGGAGGCGCGCGCCGAGGCGGCGGCCGGCGUGGCGGGCGAGCUGCACGACUACUGCCGCCGCCGCGCCGACCUCGAGCACGAGUACGCGCGCGCGCUCGACAAGCUGGCGCGCGCCGCCGCGCAGCGCCACAAGGACCAGAAGCACAAGCGCGAGCAGUGGCCGCUGACCGGCGCGUACGCGUGCUGGCAGGCGGCGCUGGACAACACGCGCGCGCUGUCCCGCGACCACGCCGCGCUCGCCGAGCUGUACGGCGGGCCGCUCGCCGCGCGCCUGCAGCGCGCCGCCGACGACGUGCUGCGGCUGCACAGGAAGUGCCGGGACAUAGUGGCCGAGCGGCACGAGGAGGUGGGCGCGGCGCUGGCGGAGGCGGCGGCGGGCGGCAAGGCGCACGCGGCCGCGGCCGCCGAGUGGCGCGCCGCCGCGCUCAAGCUGCGCCACGCGCACCACGCGCGCCAGGCGCUGCUGGCCGCCGACCCGCCGCGGCACAAGAAGAUCAAGGCGCUCGACAAGGAGCUCGAGAAGCGGCGGACGCGACACAGCGAGGCGCGCGCUAAAGCGCUACGAGCGCGCGCCGACUACGUGCUCAGUCUAGAGGCCGCCAACGCAACACUCCAGAGAUACUACCUCGACGACAUAGCGGAUAUAAUGCUGUGCACGGAGGUGGGCUUCGAGGCGGUGGUGGGGCGCGCCGUGCGCACGGCGAGCGCGGCGGAGAGCGCGCGCGCGCACGCCGUGUGCGCGGCCGCGGGCGCGCUGCUGGCCGCCGCGGACGCGCUGGACGCGCCGGCCGAGCGCACGCGGUUCGUGGCCGCGCACCCCGCCGCCUUCGCGCUGCCGCGGCCGCUGGCGCAGCUGGGCGACGCGCCGCCCGCGCAGGACCGCGACAUGCGCGAGCUGCUGGAGGGCGCGGCCGACGAGCGCGACGACGCGGCGGACGCGGCCGCGCGCGAGCUGGCGCAGCGCCUGGCGCAGCUGGAGGCCAGCGCGCGCGCGCUGCGGGCCGAGUGCCGCGAGGCCGCCAAGACGCUGGACGCGGCCGAGGCCGAGCUGGUGCGCCAGAUGGAGGGGCCCGACGCCGCCUGGGACGUGAGCUCGCUGUUCGGGCCCGGCGCCGCGCCGCUCGCGCCCGCGCCGCCCGAGGACGACGCGCCGCGCCGCGACCAGGAGGACUACUACCUCGCGAAAUUCAGAUCGUACGUGUCGUGUGCGGGCCGCCUGGCGCGGCUGGAGAGCAAGGCGGCGGCGGUGCGCGAGCGCCUGAUGGGAGCCGCGCCCGCCACGCCGCGCUCGCCGCCCUCGCCGCCGCGCCGCGCCGCCGCGCGCCGCCGGGGACACUUCGCCGCGCCGCUCGACGACCGCCUGCCCGCCGUGCUCACGUCCUGCGUGCGCGUCAUCGCCAGCUACGGGCUGCACCACCAGGGCGUGUUCCGCGUGUCGGGCUCGCAGGUGGAGAUGCAGGCGCUGCGCGCCGCCUUCGAGCGCGGCGAGGACCCGCUGGCGGGCGUGCGCGACGCGUCCGACAUCAACUCCGUGUGCGGGCUGCUGAAGCUGUACCUGCGCGAGCUGCGGCCGCCGCUGCUGCCGCCGCAGCUGCAGGAGCGCCUGCUGCGCGUGGCGGCGCUGCCGGACGACGCGGCCUUCGCGCGCCGCCUGCGCGACACGCUGGCCGCGCUGCCGCUGCCGUCGCUGCUCGUGCUGCGCUACCUGUUCGCCUUCCUGGCGCACCUGGCCGAGCACGCCGACCGCAACAUGAUGGACGCGUGGAACCUCGCCAUCUGCCUCGGGCCCACGCUGCUGGCCGCCUGGGGCGAGGGCGGCGCGCAGGUGGCGGCGCAGAACCUCGUCAACGAGCUCGUGAAGCGCGCCAUCCUGCUGCACGCGGAAGUGUUCCCGCAGGACGUGGCACCGCACACGUUGUACCGCCGCGUGGAGCCCGACGGCGAGGACGCGCCCGACGCGCCCCCGAUUCCCGAGCCGGCCGCCGCACAUACGCUCGACGACGAAGAGGCACAGCGCGACCUGUCGCUAUACGACGACGACGACGACGAUGACGAGGAUGAUGACGACGACGACGACGGCGCGGUGAGCGACCUCGACGCCGACGUAGACUGGCGUCGCACCGCAGCUCGCCGGUCGGCGAGCGGCGAGCGCCGCGCCCCGCAGGUACCGGCCUGAGCCCGAGGCCGAGCCUCCGACUGCGACCGCCUCACUUGAUACUAUUGCUUGGAUGUGAUCCGGUGAUCCGGCGCUCCGAGCCUAGUGAUCAAAUAAGUUUCCCCCCUAUGUCUUCCGUUACGAUCGAGGCGUCCCGAUUUUACUCGUUCGUUGAAUUUAUCUAGUUUUAAACAAAGUAUUUCGAUAUCGAUUAUAGAUCUUAAAUAUAAUUAAAUUAUUGUUCUCACUAAUCCGAGCGGUGCACGCGAAGAUCGAAUUUUAUUUUUGAAGAGUUUACGUAUACGAGAGGGCGGGGUUGAUGUUCGCGCGGAGCCGGCCCGAAGAAGAGACUCAUUCGAGCAAUUCUAACUUAUUUUAUCACUGGAGAAUUUUUAUAAAUUAAUGCAUGUCUUCUCGAAUUAUCCGAUAUAAAUAUUUUUGCCGUUUUUAUCUUUAUGAAUGCCAAUACGAGAGUGCGGUUAUUUUUAUUUUAUUGUGAUUAAUGUUUUAAUUUAAUAUAUCGAUAGUUGUGAACGAAUGUGAUCAUAUCGACGCGAGGUCCCCGCGACCUCGCAGGUGCUUCUUAUUUAAGCGCAACAGUAUUAUAUGGAACAAAUAAAUAUAUAAGCAACGC